CCGAGCCGAGCCGAGGGGGCAGCCAUGGCGGCGGCGCUGCAGCAGGCCUGGGGGCUGUGGCGGGGCCCGGCGCUGCGGAGCCGCGCCGCCCUGAGGCCGCUGGGGCUGCUGGCGCCGCCGUGCCGGGAGCUGGCGGGGCCGGGGCCGGGGCCGGGCGAGGCGGCGCUGGAGGACAACCCUUUCUACGGGAAGUACCGCCACAAGCUCCAGGAGCUGCGCAGGUCCAGCCCGGAUGUGUUUGAAUCCCGUAUGGAGAAAAGAAGUGAAGUGAAAAAGCAGCCUGUGGGCUAUUCCAAGCAAGCGGAGUUCAUCAGGCGCGUGGAUGAAAAGGCAGAAGCUUUUGGCGCAAAGACAUCAAAGGGAGGAUUCACAAAAGACAAGACUCUUGAUUCAAUUCUUCAUGUUGAGAUGGUGAAAGAAAAAUCAGCAGAGGAAAUAAAACAGAUUUGGAACCAGUAUUUUUCUGCAAAAGACACAGUUUAUGCUGUUAUUCCUGCAGAGAAGUUUGAUUUAUUAUGGAAGCGAGCCCAGAAAUGUCCAUCAUUUCUGUAUGCUUUGCCAAGAAAGGAAGGCUAUGAAUUCUUUGUGGGGCAGUGGUCAGGAACAGAAUUGCACUUCACUUCACUUAUAAAUAUUCAGACCCAAGGUGAAACUGCUCCUAGCCACUUGGUCUUGUACCAUUACCCUGAGCUGCAGAAGGAAAAAGGCAUAGUACUAAUGACAGCAGAAAUGGACUCUAAGUUCUUGGUUGUCCAGGAAGCACAGUGCUUGGCAAAUCAGGUGCAGCUUUUCUAUGCAACGGAUCGUUCUGAGACCUAUGAGUUAGUGGAAACCUUCAACCACAGACCGAGUGAAUUUAAAUACAUGUCAGUUAUAGCAGAGCUUGAGCAGAGUGGACUUGGAAAAGGAUUGAGACCUAGUCAGGACUCUGACAAGUCAUAGUACCUGAUCUGUGGGUGAAGCGAGCCAGAAACAGUUGGUGGACUUCCUAACUGGGGCAGUUCCCAUCUCUUGUUCUGUGAAGUUGAUCUGACUGCAGAAAGGGUCAGGAGACGUCCCGGGAGUGUGGCAAUCAAGCUGGUCUGGCACUGAUGCAAGAUGAUGACUUGGGUCAUUUAAGCAGUGUAACUAAUUGCCAGAGUGGAGUGUUGUACUUUAGUGCAAACACAUCAGAACAAGCUAUUUUCCCUUCCUGUAACUGACCGCUGCAUGCUUUAUUUUUGAAAUCUGAAAUAAAAUGACAAAAGGGGAGCUAUUUAAA